AUGGCCCCAUACUCUCUCCCUCCAGAUGCAGUCUGGUUUAUAACGGGCUGUUCGACAGGCAUCGGCAAUGAACUCGUCUCCUAUCUCACCACCAACACCUCUUCCCGAGUCGUCGCAACCGCCCGCAACCCAUCCUCUCUCUCCUCCCUCCCUACCACGCCCAACACCCUCAAACUCGCACUAGAUGUAACUUCCGAAUCCUCCAUCCGCGCAGCUCUCACCGCCACACUCCAAAAAUGGUCUCGAAUCGACGUCCUAGUCAACAACGCCGGCUACGGCCUCCUCGCUGACACAGAAGGUGUACCCAUGUCCCAGGCCCACUCCAUCAUGGAAACCAACUUCUUCGGCGCCGCGCUACUGACCCAACUCACGCUCCCCAUAUUCCGAGAUAACAACCCUACGUCUGGCCAGCAAGGCGGCGUGGUGUUACAAGUAACGUCCAUGGGCGGCCGUCUCGCGUUCCCCGGAAAUGCCUUCUACCACGCGUCGAAAUUCGCACUAGAAGGCUUCACGGAAGCUGUUAGUAAGGAGAUGCCAGAGGAAUGGAAUAUCCAUUUCUGUUGCAUCGAGCCUGGCGGCGUGAAAACAAAUUACAUAUCCACGUCUACAGCGCAGGGUGGCGAGGUCCCGCACCCAGCAUACACGGAUCCGAAGCUCCCGACUAAUCAGAUCAGGGUGUAUAAGAGUAGUCCUGAGGCGACGAGGAAUUGGGCGGAGGCGGGGGAUGUGGUAAGGGCUAUGUAUGAAAUUGUGAGGAAUGGGGCGGGAAGUGAGGGUGAGAUUCCGUUGAGGUUGCCGCUAGGGAGCGAUAGUUGGGGGAUGCAGAAGUUGGGGUUAGAGAAGGGGUUAAGGGAUUUGGAAGAUGUGAAGGGGGUGAGUUUAAAGACGAGUGGGAAGGAGCAGUUGGAGAGUAUUAGGUUUUUGAAGGUGUGAGGGAGGAUUACAGUAUAUUCGGGUUGCUGGAGUUAGG